AUGCAAAUGCAAAAAAGCUUGGGAAGUCUCAGAGUUGGCGCAUGCAGCAGCAGCAACAACGCAGUUUGCUGCAGCAGCAGCAGCAGCAGCUGCUGCUGCUGCAGCCAAGGCUGCCUUGUUGGAGCCCUUGGGGCCAAGGGAGAUGAAAAAGAAAAAGAAAGAAUUAAAACUUUUUUGAAAAUCUCAAAAUGGAAAGGAGUUUAUGCACUGCCGCUUCCCGGCACGCAGACACCAGACAGCUCUGCUGUCUACAGAGCUGUCUCCGACACCGCAAACCCCACAGAGACUUGUUUGGGGGACGUUGCCGUCCCGCAGUUUCCGAACAUCAAAUCCCCUUAUUUGCUGCUAAAGGAAGCAGCCCGCAUUCAUGGCCCUGCACUUUACGUGGGAGAAAGAAAACCAAUCAAAAACGCCCAAGGGGCUGUUGUGGAGCUCGCGGACUUCAAGUACUUCACCUUUGCAGACACCCUGCGGAUUGUGGAGGCUUUGGGGAGGGCCCUUGACCAAGAAGUUGGAGUCCCUUUUUCUCAUUUCGAAAGCGAGGGGACAACAGAGGCUCCUAAACCCUUGAGGGUUAUUGGGGUUUGGUCGAGGACUCGAAUGGACUGGAGACUCCUGGACUUCGCGGGCAAGGCGAACUAUCGAGGCAUUGUUACUGUGCCGCUUUACGACACGCUGGGAGAAGAGUCGGUAGACCAUAUCUUGAAGCAGACAAGUUUGGGGUUUGCAGAGAUUCAAGUCCUUGCUAUUGAGGGCUCUAAGUUGGAAGCCGUUCUCCGCCUGAAGAAAGAAGGCUUUCCUUUUAAGGCAGUUGUGUCUUUUGACGAGCCAACAGAGGCGCAGAUGGAGGCCUACAAAGAGGCGGAUGUGGCUCUGUACCACCAGGAGAAACUAAGGAGAAAGUACCUCACGAUCCCCGACGAGAAGACACCUGAGGAGUUGGCUCCUUCUCUUGAUGACAUCUGCACCAUCAUCUACACCUCAGGGACCACUGGUCUCCCGAAGGGCGCAGUGCACACGAACGGCUCCCUAGUCUCCUUCGUAGGCUCUUACUUGGCCAGCGGAAACAGACUCGGAGUGGAGACAGGAGACAGCACUUUGAGUUAUUUGCCUCUGGCCCACAUUUACCAAAGAGAGGCGGAGUUGGUGGUGGCGCUGCUGGGGCUGCGGGUGGCGUUUUUCGGGGGCGAGACGCUGCAGCUGGGGGCGGACUUGCGGGCGGCCAAACCCUCGGUUUUCGUCGGAGUCCCCCGCGUGCUUUCCAAAGUCUUUUUGCAAGUCCGAAGGGGAAUUUCGGAGAAGUCCGUUUGGCUGCAGUGGCUGGCGGGGCAGGCGCUGGCUAGGAAGCGGCGGGCUGCGCAGAAAGACCCCACCGCGCUUCGAAGCGCGCUCCCAGACCUCCUUUUCAGAGGCAUUCGGGCGUCACUUGGGGGGAACCUCCGGACGGUCUGCGUCGGCAGCGCGCCGAUGGACUCGGAGCAGCUCAUGGACCUCCAGCUGUACCUCUCCGCCUCCAUUUGCGAGGGUUGGGGAAUGACAGAAGCAGGAAUAGGGUUUUUGCAGCAUGUAGCAGACAAAGAAAAAGGGACUAUUGGGGGGCCCCUCAUCUCCACAGAAUUUAAAGUUGUCUCCAUUCCCGAACUCCAGUACGACGCCACGGCACAGCCCCCCAGGGGCGAGUUGCUGGUGCGGGGCCCCGGACUAAUGAAAGAAUACUUUUUGUCUCCGGAAAGAACCAAAGAGUCUUUUGAUGGAGACGGAUGGUUUAGAACUGGAGACGUGGUGGAGAUACAGCCCAGCGGCGCAGUCAAAAUUAUCGACAGGGCCAAAAACAUUUUCAAACUCGCCCAUGGGGAAUAUGUGGCGCCUGAAAGACUCGAAAACAUCUACAGCAGCAGCCCCUGGGUGGAGCAGAUGUUUGUUUACGGGGACUCUCUGGAGGCUGCGUUGGUGGCUGUGGUUGUGCCUUCGAUUCCAAUGGUGGAGAAGUGGGCGGAGGCGCACGGGAAGGGCUCGAGUUCGCUGGAAAACUUGCUCGAAGACCCCGCUUUGAAGCGGGAAGUGCUGCAGGACUUGGAGCGCGUGGGGAGACAGUCUCUAAAAGGGUUUGAAAUAAUUCGGGGAGUUCAUUUGACGAAAACUUCUUUUUCCGAAAAUGGCAUUUUAACUCCAACUCUCAAAAUCAUUCGACACGCAGCCAAACAACACUUCCAAACGCAAAUCCAACAACUCUACCAAACCCUCAACGCCCACAACUGA